AUGGUUGCAGCCGUGAUCUCCAAGGACUCUCACGCAAGCAUCAGGAAGACUCAGAUCAGAAAGCUUCCAAUGCAAAUCAAGGAACUUUGCAGUCUGAGGACAUUGGACGUGAGUCACACGCAGAUAAGUGAGCUCCCGCCACAAGUAUUUGAGCUAGGCCAUUUGAUCAAACUGGACCUAAGAAGCACAAAGAUAAGAAAGUUGUCAGUCAAAAUUGUGAGGCUACAAAAGCUUCAACACCUUCUUGUUGGUGGUGAUACAACCUUCAGUUUAAUCAAAUAUCCUCUGAGCUUCACGGCAGCUCUUGGUGACCUAGCCUGCAUGAGGGUGCUUACAAUAACAUGCUCUUUUCAGCAGUGCGCUGACGAGGCCUACCAGGACGCGUGGCUGCCAUCCGUGAAGAAAUGGAGGCGGCUCGAGUCUUUGACUAUACAUUGCGGGCUCGGUAGUUCCAUGGAGUUCCUGGGUUCAACAUCUGAUCCACCAAAGAAACUUCAGAAACUUAAGAUAACAAGUGGAAGAUUUGUUAGUGUUCCCCAGCGGAUCAAAAGGCUAGAACACCUGUCUUUCCUACAAAUCACAAUCUGCAAAUUAGCAGCAGAUGAACUGAAAAUCCUCAGGGACUUGCCCAAAUUGAAAAGCCUUGUACUAGGCUUGGAGUUCAUUCCACGAGAAGAGAGAGUUUUUGAAAGUGAGGGGUUCAAUGAGCUUUUGGAAUUCUCCGUGGAAUGCCCAGUUCCGUGGCUGACUUUCAUGCAAGGAGCUAUGCCAAAGCUCGAAUGCCUUCAACUGAAACUUUGCUCAGGCCCAGAAGCAAGGCGAGAUAGUGUUCCCUCUAAUAUGCAACCUCCAAAGUAUAACUGAGCUAGCCCUCUGUUACAACCAAAG